AUGGAAGCCAUCAACUUGGCUGGCUCUACUGUGGGCGUCUUGGCGGAGGAUGGAGUGAUCUUAGCCGGAGAGAAGAAGACCACCUCCAAGUUGCUCGAUCAGGCGAAGCAGCAUGAGAAGCUCUUCCAGCUCGACGACACCAUGUUCUGCGCGGUCGCAGGGAUCACCUCCGACGCCAACAUCCUCAUCAAUAGACUGAGGCUGACUGCGCAACAGCAUGCCUAUAGCUUUUCCGAAUGCAUGCCCGUGGAGCAGCUGGUCACCUCCAUUUGCGACUUGGGUGGUUCGGUGCGUGGGGCCCUGGGAGGUGACUACAAGCAGGGCUACACACAGUUUGGUGGUCUCCGGCCCUUUGGGGUGUCCUUCCUGGUGGCUGGCUACGACACCCAUCAUGGCUUUCAGUUGUACCACACAGAUCCCUCUGGGAACUUCAGUGGUUGGAAGUCCUAUGCCAUUGGUGUCAACAACAACACCGCCAUGCAGAUCAUGCGACAAGACUGGAAGCCCGGCAUGAAGCUUCAAGAAGCCUUGGAGCCUCGACAUGGGAAGUUGAGCUUCUGGCUCAGGGAGCUGACGGCCAAGGUCUUGGUGAAGACCAUGGACACGGCCUCUCCCACGGCGGAACGCCUGGAAUUCGGGAUCGUCUACAAGACGCCAGAGGGGCAGGUGAAACUCCGGAUGCUCAAGGAUGCGGAAAUCAACAAGCUGAUGGCAGAUGCAACUCCCAAGGAAGGAGAAGAAGCUGCCGCAUCAGCUUCCUAG